UCGUUCAGUUCGAUGAAAGAUGCCCUGCUUUUCCGCCUCCAAUGUGCGUUUCGUCAGCGCCGAGUCGCAGUUGCAGCAAAAGUGCAACGAGCUGAGGGCCAGGGCACGUGCCCAAACAGCGGCCUAUCGUCCGCCGGCGGGUGGCUUUCGUCCUUCCACCACCGCCUUUGGAUCCUUCAGGAGGCCACCGCCCUGCGACCAGACGGCGGCCUAUGACCAGAAGCAACUGAAGCGCAAUGAACGGGAGCGAAAGCGCAAUCAGGGCACCAAACAGGUGGUGCUGCGUCCUGGUGAGGUGCGACGCCUCAAGGAUCAGGGAAAGCUGGAGACCGUGGGCGAGAAGCUGCAGAGGAUCGAACAGCUGGAGGAGGAUCACCGCCGACAACUGCAGAUGGUCGAGGAGACGCGGCGGCGCUUCAAGGCCAUCGACGAGGCGCGAGGGGGUGGCGUCUCCGAGGCCAGGAUCAGCCUGCUCAGCGAGAUCCUGGAGGAGAAGCAGUCAGUGCUGGGCCGCGCCUUCCUCGCCCGCCAGGAGCAGGAGCAGGAGGUGAAGCAGAUCAACCGCAUGAUUCUCGACGCCAAGUGCAAGGCGGUAAGGGAGGCGCAGAUCCAGGAGAAGCACCUCCUUUCGAAGGCUUUGCGGGAGGACGAUGAGCGGCUGGCGCGCAUGGUGAAUGAGCGGGCCCAAAAGGCAUUGACCGAGGAGGAUGAGCGCGAGCGGCUGGAGGUGGAGAAGCGCAAUCGCUAUGCUCAGGAGAUUCGGCAGCAGCUCUCGGAGCGGGAGAAUGUGCGCUAUUUGGAAGCCAAGCGGGUGGCCGACGAGGCCAAGGACAUCCGACGAGCCACCGAACUCCUACGUGGCCAGGAGGAGCAGCAGCGUGCCUCCGUGCAGCAGCGCAAGCAGAGAUUCCGUGAGGAGCUCCAGCGCAUCCGGGACAUGUCGAAUGUCUUCAAGACCAUGCUCAGCGAACAGGAGCGACUGGCCGAGCUGCGGGUGACCGCCUACAUGCGCGAGAAGCAGGAGAAGGAGCGCCAGCUGAAGGAGAUGCAGCGGCUGGCCAAAAAGGAGUUCGAGCGCCGCCAGCAGCGCAUCUUCACAGUGGCCGCCGAGGCCAUGGAAACACGUCAGACCAACGACGAGCUGAAGUAUCUAAAGGAGCGGGAUCGUGUGGAGCGGGAGUACCGCCAGCGGGAAAAGGAGGCGGCCAUUUCGAGGAGGGAGGCGGAGCGUGAUCUCCUCGAGUCACGGGCCCAGCAGGCUCAGGAAAUGAAGCAACGCCUGGCUCUGGAGAUUGCCCAUGCCGGCGAGGAGUUCGCCAAGGUCAUGGAGAGGAUGCGCAAGGAGGAGGAGAAGGAGAAGGCCUUGGACAGGCAGCGGGAGUCCCAAAGGCAGUUGUAUCGGCAGGACCUGCGCCAGCAGAUGACCGACAAGCAGGCGGAGCGCCGGCGACUAGCCGAAAUGGAGGCGGUGAGGGUGCAGAAGUGGCUGGAGCAGGAGAAGCAGCGGGACGCCAACAUCCGGCAGGUGAUCAGCGCCAAGAUCGCGGCCAUGCGAGAAAACUGCCUGCCGGAGAAGUAUCUGCGGGAGGUGGAGAAGCAGCUGAAGAGCAUUCAGGCCUCGCGCGAUCGCAUUCGAUGA